AAUAUGUAAACUAAAUAUACCACAUAUAUUAAUUAGUCACAUGCAUACGUUUAAUACGCUGGUUGAGGUAUUAGUUUUAAUUUUAUGUUCUCAGGUACCGGUGAAUCGGGAAAAACAACGUUUCUCAAACAAAUGCGCAUUAUACAUGGCGUUGAGAUUACGGACGAAGAAAUGCUUAGACACACUAAGAUGGUAUACCGAAACAUAUUCAUGGCUAUGCAGUCAAUGAUCAAGGCUAUGGAAAAACUUGAAAUACCCUAUAGUGAUGUUGAAAAUAAUGAUCGCGCUAAUCUCAUUUCGUUAAUUGAUUGUGGCACAAUCGAAACCUUGGAAGAUCCCUUUUUGAGUGCCAUUAAAUGUCUUUGGAAGGAUUUUGGCAUACAGAAGUGUUACAGUCGUCGAAAAGAAUAUUAUUUAAUGGGUUCUGCAGAAUACUUUCUCUGUGAAAUAGAACGAAUUGAAAAGCCCGAUUAUAUACCGAGUAAAGAGGAUAUUUUGCGAGUACGUUCAGCGACAACUGGAAUCAAUCAAUACGAUAUUAAAAUGGAACGAUAUGUACUCCGUAUGGUUGACGUAGGUGGACAGCGUUCGGAACGAAGGAAAUGGAUCCAUUGCUUCGAGAAUGUAAACCUUAUAAUAUUUUUCGUCGCAAUUUCCGAGUACGAUCAAAAUUUGUUUGAAUCCGAAAAUGUUAAUAGAAUGGAGUAUUCGAAAGCUUUAUUUAAAAACAUAGUUAAUUCCCGCUGGUUCGAAAAAUCAGCGUUUGUUCUGUUUCUUAACAAGAUGGAUCAAUUUGAGGAGAAAAUCAAGAAAUAUCAUUUGGUGGACUAUUAUCCUAUGUAUGGGGAUGGACCGAAGGGCGAUUCAAAGGCUGCCCGUGACUUCAUUCGGAACAUGUUUCUUAGUUUGAACAACAACAACAUCUAUUGUCAAUACACAUGCACUGGGGAUACUCAUAACAUAGAACUCGUCUUCGCCGAUGUAAAAGAUACGAUUAUGAGCAAUUUAUUGGAGUCCUUUAAAAUAUGUUAAAAUAAUUCAUUUCGUUGGGAAAUAAUUUGUUUAUGUAGCCAUUCCAUUAGUAAUCUAUGUACUUGUAAAAUCCAUAGUUCAAAUAAAUAAUAUAAAAUCAAA